UUUCCACCAGCCUAUUUGUGGCAGUUCUUGGCACAGUGAAUUGCAGAGAGUCAGCUGCUUCCUUUGGCAGGCAGACAGAAGCAGGACACCUGCAGUCACUGUACCAGCCACUUACAUUUGAGCUGAGCACCAAAAUCAAAGAUUCCACGCAUGCAUUGCUACCACUGGCAGAAAACAUCAGUGGAAGAGUGAUGGAGAAAAACAGAGGGAAGUUAAUCAACAAAGCAUUAUACAGCCUGGAGUCAGAGCCAGUUGCCAUAGCAACCUUUCUAGAGAAGACUGGGUUGGGCUUUGACGAAGCAGCUGAUGAAGUGCGCUCUGAUUGGCUGGCAUUGCUGGUAGGCCCGGCCCUCUAGUGUAUGAUACAACCUUGACUAUAGCAGUACAAUUUCCUGCGCAACUCUGCUGGCUUUUAGAGACACUGCAUUCAUCAUCCCUUGUUCUCUGACCUUGUAUGUGUAGGAUGUCUUGUGACUAGUUAGUGGCAGAUCAGUAGAUCCGGCUGCUGGGAGAAUGGGCAGCCAUAGGUGCAUGUAUGUGUGUGUGACCUCAGACGCCGGACGGGAGAGGCUGCAGCUCAAGACUGAAGGAGACUGAGCAUGCAGAGGUUUGUGGAGGCUGAUUACUACGAGCUGGACUGGUACUAUGAAGAGUGUGCUGACGUUCUAUGUGCUGAUCGAGUGGGCCAGAUGACUAAGACGUAUAAUGAUAUAGAUGCUGUGACACGUCUCCUGGAGGAGAAAGAGCGGGAUUUGGAGUUGGCGGCUCGUAUAGGUCAGUCUCUGCUGAAGAAGAACAAAACCCUCAGCGAGAGGAACACCUUCCUGGAAGAGCAGGUGGAGCACAUACGAGAAGAGGUGUCUCAGCUGCGUCAUGAUCUCUCAAUGAAGGAUGAGCUCCUGCAGUUCUACACAAGUGCAGCUGAGGAGAGCGAUGGAGAAUCUGCUUCUACCACACCUAUUCGCAGAAAUGACUCGUCUUUCACAAUCCCGAAUUACCUCCCUCUGGAUUCCCUACAAAAGAAACUCAAAGACCUGGAGGAAGAGAACAUCGUCCUGCGAUCAGAGGCAAAUCACUUAGAGACAGAGACCAUCUCGUAUGAAGAAAAGGAACAACAGCUUGUAAAUGACUGUGUUAAAGAGCUCAGAGAUGCUAAUAUACAGAUCUCCACGAUUGCGGAGGAGCUGGCUAAGAAAACAGAGGAUGCCUCUCGCCAGCAAGAGGAAAUCACACACCUUCUCUCUCAGAUCGUCGACCUGCAGAAAAAAGCCAAAUCUUAUGCACUAGAAAACGAAGAGCUCACCCAGCAUCUGGGAGCUGCUAAAGACGCCCAAAGAGCACUAACAGCGGAGCUGAGGGAGCUGGAGGAUAAGUAUGCUGAAUGUAUGGAGAUGCUUCAUGAAGCUCAGGAGGAACUGAAGAACUUCAGGAAUAAAACGCUGCCUCUCAGUACACCGCGACGAUUCCACUCGCUUGGUCUCUUCCCUAUGGACUCUUUAGCUGCUGAAAUUGAAGGCACCAUGAGGAAAGAGAUUCAAAUGUCUGAUCCAGACGUAGAGGAACAAAGGUUGCACCCUAAACGUGUCUUUGAGACGGUGCGUAAUAUCAACCAGACUGUUCGGCAGCGCUCCAUGGGCCCGUCCCCUAUGAACAUCCCAGGGUCCAAUCAGACAUCCAGUGUGAAUUCCAGGCGUUCUAGUUGUCUGAGCACACCCAGAUCGAGCAUGUACGGAGGGGAUGGUAUUGAAAUGGACAACCGCACUACCAGUAUGCUGAUGGAAACCCAGUCAAAUCAGGAUGGCUCUGAUGACUCCAACAGAAAGCCUGGCACGCCUGGCACACCCGGCUCCCGUGACCUGGCGGCGGCCCUGCGACGUCUUUCCCUUAGACGGGACAACUACAUUAGCGAGCGACGUUUCUUUGAGGAGGAGAGAGAGCGUAAACUCAACGCCCUGGCAGAAGAGAAGAGCGACUUGUACGGGGAGAGAGAUGGUGGGAGUGGCAGUGAAGACGGCGGCCCCCUCACUCCGGCAGACAGCAUCAUGUCUCUGGGAACCCUGCACUCGGUUUACUCCAUCUACAGCACCCGCUCCUACCUGCCAGAGAAACUCCAGAUCGUCAAGCCUCUGGAAGGUUCGGCCACUCUGCACGCAUGGCAGCUGCUCGCUCAGCCCCACCUGGGCAACCUCCUGGACACACGGCCGGGUGUCGUGACCAAGGGCUUUCGACCGCUAGAGCUGGACCUGGAGGAGGUGUACCAAUUCACCGACCUGGAGGAAGAUGAGCCAGGACAGCAUUCCCAAUCUCCCAUCUCUACCUCUUGCCUGGGUUCUCUGCCUUGUUCACCUUCUUUGCGUCGACCGCGUGCCAACAAUCCUGAUUACAAGGAAGAGCAGCCCUUAGAAAAUGGAGGGACCCCUGGAGUGGGGCCAGAUCAAAUGGAGGCUGGAGAGGAGGAGGUCUCAUCUGUGCAUUUCCCUGGUAAAUGUAUGUCCCACACCAGCUCCACGUACACCUUCACCACCUGCAGGAUCCUGCACCCUACUGAUGAACUCACCAGAGUCACACCCAGUCUUUUGUCAGGUCCAUCACUAGCUUCUUGUGUGAUGUCCAACAGCAGUCUGCGCUCGACCCCUGUGUCCACCCCCUGCACGCCUCGUCGCCUCAGCUUGGCGGAGAGUUUCACCAACCUCCGCGACUCAACCAAGACCACCAGUACCUCUCUGGGACUAGUGCGCCUCCUACAGGAGAGAGGUAUAUCUUCUGCUGUCUAUAACCCUCUCAGUUGGGACCGGGCGGACCGAGCCCCUCCACCAGACCCCGGUACAUCGCACACUGUCACCCCCAUGCAUCCCGGCCUGGACACGCUUCCCUCCACUCCUCCAAACUCCCCCAGCAAGUCCAAACCCACCAGUCUUGUGCUCCCUGUAGACUACAGCCCCUCAGACCCCCCCUAUGAAACCUUCCUGGCUUCACGCCCAGCCAGCUCAAUUCUCAAGGAAGUGCGGGAGGCGGACGAAAGAGCUCGGACAGAUACGCCGUGUCAGACUGAAGUCAGUGUGCAGAACUUGAGACUGGUGGACAAGGUGAAGAAGUUUAGCCUGGCUCCCAGAACUUUGACCCCAGGGAUCGGAAGGCCGGGACCGUCGUUUGGGGCCCACGCUGUUGUGACUUCCCCUAUCGGGGGACUGCCAGUGCUGAACUCAGGGAUGAGAAGAAACCGGAGUUACCCAGCUAUGGUUGGGGCUAGUAUGGCUAUGAAGGGCCCGGGGCCUCCCAGCGAGGACCUGCUCUUGGCCCCUGGGCCACCCAGACAAACUAGCCUCAAUGAAAAGUGAAUGUUGCCUCUCUGUCGUCCCUUUUGCCUUUAUUUAAAUUUGCAUUGAUACAUUAUAUCAUCCCUGCGACAACUCGAGUGCCUGUUAAGAUGAUAUUUGUAUAGAUUAUUUUGUUAUAACAGUUGCUAUAACAACCUAUUUUUGUCUAUUUCUCUUUCCAUCUGACCAACAUAUAUAGAGUACAAUUCAUUCAGCAUUGUCACAUGUCUUGGUAUAUUCCAAGCUUUUGUCAUUGUGUGUAAAAAAAAAAAAAAAAAAAUUGGACAAUUUGCACUUGUUAGCUGCGAUAAAAUGUAGCAUAUGAUCAGAGCGGAAAAUUAAUGCCCCAGAAUUACUUUUAAUUGAAGCACUUUUUGAAUUCAAAAACUACUCAAGGAUAAGUAAGAAAACGUUGUCUUCUUUUUUUUCUUUUUCUUACCUUUGUAAAUCUGGUCUUCCGAUGUGACAUUUCAAAACUGAUUAAUUUCAUGAUGCUAGCAAGAUAACUGGUAGCACCUUAAAGCUAAUGGUAGCCCAGACUUUGGUGAACAAUGAAGUUUUGUCAUUUAUUAUUAAUUUUUAGGUCAGAAUUUACUUUUUAAUGUCCAUUAAUUAGUGCUUUAAAUCAGCCCCUUUAGUGUGCCAAAAAUCUGUAAAACAUGCUUUUAUAAGCACAAAUCUCUUCACGUAGGCCUUUUUUUCAUCUAGUCCAUCCAAUUAAUUAAGCAGUGUAAUGUUAAGUGUCUAAAAUGGCUUAUUAAUGCAUAAUAUAAUAGUAAUUACAGUGUAAUAACAGAGUUCAACUAUUACUCUCAAUAGAGGGCGCUGUUGACAUGAAUUGGUGAUAAUUUGCACAUUAGCACAAAGUCUCUGUGCUUUACAUCCUCAAAAGUCGACUGACUGAAAUACUUCAGAGAGAAAGUGAGACCACGGGGCUGUGAAAGUGCUGCAUGAAGAAUUGCAGCAGGUUUGAACUUGAAAACACAAUCAUGUUCACGUUAAGUCAUCUUUUGAUGUCCUUUUGUUGAGACCAACAUUAUUUCUCAGUGUAUGUGUGGAUGUACAGGGCUUACAGUGUGUUGAAUUGCAGUAUCGAAGACUUGAUGGGAAAAUUGCACAACUACAAUUUCUUUGGGCAAAAGGAUGUCAGGUUAAACUGAAAAUGUAUACUGUACAUCUGCUGUGGUUUUGGAACCUACUGACUGAUGUGUGUCAUAUGUAAAGCAAGUGAAGUAUGUAUGGUAAGCUUUAAAGACAUCAAGGGUGCAAUAGGAAUGUAUAGUGCCUGAAUUAUUAUAAUUUUUUUUCUUCUUUUGGACAGACUGUAUCGAAUGGCUUUGCCUGCGACAGUAUGCACUGACAUAAAUACUGUAACAAUGUGUGAUGUUGAUUUCCCAAUGAAAAUAUUUAAAGGAUAUAUUAUAUUUUCGAUAUAUUGCAGAGGAAGCACAUACAGUUGAAAGUGCAUGAGUCGUUCUAAAGAAAAGGUCUGUGUUUUCUUUUAGUUGAGGCAAGUUUAAUUUGUCAGGUGUAAACGUGUGUGUACUGUAUGUUUGUGCGCGCGCGCAUUUAAUCAGCAUGACAUUUGUCGAAUGUGUUUCCGAACCAUAGAGGUAUCUGCAUUGACUGAACAUUGAUUUCAGUGGUGUGUUUAUUUCAUCAGAUUACUGAAGGGAUGUUUUACUUGUACACUGUAAAUGGUAAAUAUGCAAAGGAUUCAAAGAUGCUAACUUUUAUAUAUAAAAGCAAAAAAAAAAAAACUAAACUAAACUUGAGGUGAAAAAAAAAGUAAAAAUAGAGAAGCGAUGACACUGGUGGAAAGUGGAGUUUUGGUUCACGAAUUCUAGAAGCUCCCUUUGCAGAGGAUCAAUAAACCAGUUGUGAUAA